AUGAAGCUGCAAUUCAAACGUCCACAUUUGAAGGUGUCCCCGGCAAAGUCGGCGUUCUCAGAAGGCAACCCUCGAUGGAUCAAUCGGGACUUGGAACCGGUCCGAAGACAUGAGCGCAAAUGGACGGUACUAAGCUUUAUUGUGUACUGGCUCAGCGAUGGCUUUAAUGCAUCCGCAUGGCAGUUUGCGUCUUCGAUCAUUGCAGUGGGACUGACCUGGAGAGAGUCGUUGGUGAUCGUGGCAGUUGCCUUCUUUAUUAUCAGUUUCGUCAUUUCACUUAACGGUGCAGUGGGUGUGAUACACCAUGCUCCGUUCCCGGUCAUCGCAAGAGCGAGUUGGGGAUUCUGGGGUUCCUAUGUUCCUAUCAUAUCCCGAGCCGUCCUGGGAGUCUUCUGGUUUUCCAUCAUGACCAUGAAUGGCGCGAACUCGGUACGCGUAAUGAUUGGGGCCAUUUGGCCUUCCUUCCUCACCUUGCCAAAUCACAUCUCUGAAGACCAGGGGAUUGCCACGAACACGAUGGUUUCCUUCCUCAUAUUUUGGCUGUUCCAGAUACCAUUUCUCUGCAUGCAUCCGAAUACCUUGCGAUGGCUAUUCUUAGUGAAGUCGAUCCUGGUGCCUAUUGCGUGGAUUGCGAUAUUGAUUUGGGCCUUCGUAUCGGCCAAGGACAUGGAUAUGUUUGAUCAGACAGCCACAGUGUCUGGAUCAGCUUAUGCUUGGGGAUGGCUUGCUAGCUUGACAUCUGUCAUCGGCAACUACGCCACUUUGUCUGUCAAUCAGGCCGAUUUCUCUCGCUAUUCUCGCGUUUCCGUGAAAUGGCAGCUUCUCUACGUACCUCUGCUUCCUAUCGUGUUUACCUUCACCGCCUUCGUCGGUAUUGCGGCUACUUCUUCCGGUGCUGCACAAUACGGCGAACUCAAUUGGGAUCCCAUGGACCUCAUUUCCCACUGGCCCUCACGUGCGGCACGGUUUUUUGUAGCGGCAUCGUUCGCACUUGCAGCGCUCGGCGUCAAUAUUUCCGCAAACAGCUUGAGUGCUGCCAAUGAUCUGACCGCACUGUUCCCGGCUUAUGUGAACAUCCGUCGUGGUCAGCUUCUAUGUGCUCUCUUGAGUUGGGCGCUUGUUCCUUGGAAAAUCCUUGCGUCUGCUGCCAGCUUCCUCAAUUUCAUGGCUGCGUACGCGGUGUUCCUUGGUCCUAUCGCGUCGAUUAUGGCCUGUGACUUCUGGAUCAUCCACGAAAGGAAAUACGACACGCUGGCACUCUACCAGCCGUACUCAAUAUAUCGAUACACCUAUGGAAUCAAUUGGCGAGCCAUUGUAUCGUUCUUUGUUGGCGUUGCUCCGAACCUUCCGGGGUUUAUCAAUUCUAUCAACCCAGAUGUUGACGUUGGAGUUGGUAUACAUCCAUAUCAGUUUGGAUGGCUUUUAGGUUUUUUCGGGACGGCACUGGUAUACAUCCUUCUAGGAAAGGUAUUCCCUCCGCAAGAGACUUUCAUUGACAAGGCUGUGUUACCGGAUGAUGUAUAUGAUGCAUCUGGAUACAUGGACGAGCCAACUGACGGAGAGUCCAAUGUUCUGGAGGGUCAGACGGUGCCUAUCGACGAGGAAAACAUUGUUAUCGAAGGAGAGAAGGGGAGAAAGGACCGGCAUCGGUCGGAAAAGAUACUGUAA